ACAUUCAAACCAUGUAAUAUGGUGAUGUCAACUCACGAGAAAGUGUGCUUACGUUAAAAAAUCAAAUUCAGAUUAUAUUUAAAAAAUGGGUUUUAGAGGUCUGCUCGUGGAUCUGCCACAGACUAAAUGCAUUCAGUCAUUGAGUUGUGACUAAGUGUACUAUUGUCAUUUGAGAAUUACUAAAGAGAAAGCAACUUUUCUUUAAGAGGUCAGUAAACAUUAAGAUGUACAUUUAUAAAUGGCAAUUCCUUUAACACUGGUGGUGUGCUGAAAAUGAAAGUGAAGGUGAGCUGUGGUUAUCAUAUAAAAGAGACGUUCCUGUGUAGCUGAAAGACACUUUGCUGAGAGGCACAUAACUGGAGGUGAGGAUUUCCUUUUAUUUCUCAAUUGAAUAUAUUGUUGUUAUGCUAUCAUCCUUUUGAUGAUAGUUAUCCUUUUAGUGCAGUAGAGUUAUAGAGAUAGUUACUGUAUGUGUGUUUAAUCUCAAACCUUUAAUGCUUUGUAGAGCUGCACUUGAAAAAGAUACAAAAUAAAUGUCAAUUUAUAUUUCUGUAGCUCUGGCUGUUUAUUUAUUUGCUUUGAUUUAAUCUCUUUAUAACAUUUACAAAAACGAUGCUUGUUUGUAGUGAGCAAGAUUCAAUGAGAGAUAUUGUGAAACAUAUAAUUCUCUGGAUAAAUACACAAUAAGUAAUUUCACAAGAGAUUGCCAGUUUAGUGAUUCCCUUAGAUGUCCGGGUCUUGGUUGGAAAAUAGCCUGAUCAUAAGGGAGAGAACAGGGCACACAAUGCAUUACCGUAUGGGGUCUUUUUCCCUGACUGCCCUCAAAGAGAGCAGCAUUAACACUCACGUUUGGGGAUAAGUUAAAUAAUUAAUUUCACCUUCAAUGACUGUUAGACGAAAGGUGCAGUAAACAUAAACAGACUUACACAGUUGCACUGAAGUUAUAGAUGAACUAAAUAUUUCAAGUCUGUUUUAAAACUCCAUAGACUUAUUUAAAGGUCUUAAGAUGACACUAAACUGUCACUAGCAAGGCAGCAGUACGCUUUAUCACAUACUGUAAACUCAUAGGCAAGUACUGUGUUUGAUGAGCGGGACAUUUAACCUUUGAUUGAAGUGAAAAAUGAACGUAAAAUUGAAAAUAAAUGUUAAGAGUUUUUAGUUGUUUAUUUUAGUAAUUUUUAAAUUGAACGACCUUUAUACAUCGUAUAUUUUCAAUGGAUUUAAGAUAUUAAUAAAUGAUAAAAGUGUUCCUGUGCAGCACAUUUCCGUCAGUAUGAGAAGUUGCAAAACAAAGGGAUUUAUAAUAUUAUAUUUAAUUAUAAUAAUAACUACUUUACUACACAUACUGAAUGUUGUGAAAUAUUUGAUCUCAAAUGUUUUAUUGACACAUUCUUAUUGAAGCCAUGGGAGGCAGUGAAUCAAAGACCCCCCCACCUGCACCUUUUCCAAAACUUCUGCCUCAAGAAUGGAGGAAGGGGCCUUGGGGAAACAAAGAGAGAGAGUUGCAGAUUGUGAAGGACUACCAGCCUUCUACCGAGGAUGUCCAGCUCAGGUUUAUGCUUUACGGAGCUGUUGGUGCUGGCAAGUCCAGCUUCAUCAACUCUGUGGAAAGUGUUUUACGAGGUGAAAUAUGUAGUCGUGCUGGCGUAGAUGCGAUGGUUCGUGAAAGCUACACCACAAGCUACAAAGCCUACAAAAUCCAAAAAGGAGGACCAAGGACAUAUUACCCUUUUGUCUUCAAUGACAUCAUGGGCCUUGAGAAGGAUACAAGUAAAGGAGUUCGUGUGGAAGACAUCAAACUGGCCAUGAGGGGACACAUGAAGGAUGGUUACAAGUUCAAUCCUAUCUCAACCUUGUCUGAGGAUAACCAACACUACAAAAGAGACCCCUCUCUAAAUGACAGAGUUCAUGUUCUGGUCUGCGUCAUCCCUGGCAGCAUAGCAGGGUUGGAGGAUGAUUCUGUGAAGAAGUUGAGGGAAGUCAGACUUGCAGCCAGGGACAUGGGGAUUCCGGAAAUUGCUAUUCUCACCAAAAUUGAUGAAACCUGUCCAGAAGUCGGCAAGGAUAUAAUGAACGUGUAUAAAAGCAAGUACCUGAAGAAAAAGAUUGAGGAGGUGAGUGGCACGCUGGGAUUUCCACCAAGCAGCAUCUUUCCUGUGAAGAACUACCACUCAGAGAUCGACACAAAUGACGACAUUGAUACACUGAUACUGAGCGCACUGAGACGGAUGAUUAAAUCUGGAGAAGACUUUGUCAACGACCUGUAAAACUACAGACUGCUGAGAUCUUGUUGUUACAACGACAUGUAAAAAGGUCCUGGGAACAAGAAUAAUAUUUACUUAAAUGUAAUGCGUCAUAUCUAUUCUACAAAAUAUGGUAUCUCUACCUGAGUGAGUAAAUCUAUGAAAAUGCUUUACUUUUUCCAUUAUGAGUUCAGAUAGGCAGUGUGCUACAUAGUACGGCGGCAGGUACUUCCACUUUGCUCUCGGAGAAACGAAAAUAGGAAUCUGCCCGAAAAUAGUGCCCUCAGCAUCUGUAUAGAAUUAUUUUGGAUCUAUGGCUAGUCCAAAACGGCUAAAUAUGUUGAACUGGGGCAAACUGGAAGGUUUUUCCAGCUGCUUUUCAACAGGAAGCUUUCAUUUCAAAUGUGACAUACUCGACCUGCCUCAGAUGUACAUUCUUUCAAAACAAAAGACAAACAACGAAAACCAAAAGGAUGUUAAAGCAUAUCAAGCUGUGUCAUCACACAAAACACUACAAUGUAGAUAACACCAAACAGGUUUCAAGAAGAAAAUGAAAUUGAGCAGCGGUUGCAAAACAGUUUUUACCUGUCGAGUUGAAAGGCAUUUGGGUGAGAGGCACACGAGUGAGGUGUAGUACAGUUAUAUGGAUGUAUAGUAGUUACUCUAUGUAUGUUAUUAUUCUUCUUUAUCUCAAACCCGUAAUGCAUUGGAAAAUAAUAAAUACUUAUAAUCUCUUCACAACCUGAGAAAUGCAUGAUUAAAUGAAAGGUAAUGUGAAAUAUUUGUUGAAUGUAGCCUGAUCACACGGGAGAGAACAGGACACAGAAUGCAUUAUAGGGUCUUUUUUUUCCCUGACUACCCUCAAAGAGAACAGCAUUAACACUCAGGUUUUUCCUUUGUGUAAAAGAAAGAGAUAAGUUAAAUAGUGUAUUUCACCUUCAAUGACUGUUAGAUGUAAGGUGCAGCAGACAUGAACAGACUUACACAGUUGCACUGAAAUUAUAGAUGAACUAAAUAUUUCAAGUCUGUUUUAAAACUCCAUAGACUUAUUUAAAGGUCUUAAGAUGACACUAAACUGUCACUAGCAAGGCAGCAGUACGCUUGAUCAAGUAUAUACUGUAAACUCAUAAGCAAGUACUGUUUUGAUGAGCGGGACAUUUAACCUUUGAUUGAAGUGAAAAAUGAAAAUAACAUUUCUUUUUUUCAGUUUUUAGUUGUUUAUUUUAGUACUUUUUGAAUUGAACAAACUUUAUUCAUUGUAUAUUGUCUGAAGUAACAAUUCAACAGACUUUAAUAUAUUAAUAAAUGAUAUAAAGCUUUCCUCUGCA